GUCGAGCGCGUUCACUCGCGGGAACGUUGCUGGGGGCUCAUCGUUGACAACUCGCGACAACAUGUCCGCAGGAGGCUCACCACCAAAGCCGUGGGAGAGAGCAGCCAUAGGUGGCGCGGGUGGUGAGUGUCGAUGCAGACAUCGCAAGGUUCGAUAACUGACAUACAAAUCGAUAGCAUCCUUUCCGACAUCGACAGCAGCGUCAUCAUCAACUGCCGCGAUCUCAACAAUGACAGAUUCUACUGGUGCUAUCCCAGCACUUCCUCCGCGGACAGACGCGCUGAAUUCGGUCGCCGCGCGCACUGCAUCAAAUUACUCUUCUCCUUACAACCGGACAUCCGCCUACUCUUCUCCAUACGGAGGAGCUUAUGGCGGAAUGUCAUCAUAUAGCUCGCCCUACAGUCGUUUCGGGGGUAUGGGCGGCAUGGGGGGAAUGUACGGCGGAGGCAUGUACGGCGGCGGCGGAUAUGGUGGCAUGGGAGGAUACGGAGGCGGCAUGUACGGCGCAGGGCCGGGCAUGUACGGUCCAAACGGCGAGCAGAGCUUGACACAGACGUUCAGCAACAGCACCCAGGCCACGUUCCAGAUGAUUGAGAGCAUUGUCGGCGCCUUCGGAGGAUUCGCGCAGAUGCUGGAGAGCACCUAUAUGGCCACACACUCAUCUUUCUUCGCCAUGGUCAGUGUUGCCGAACAGCUCGGUACCCUCCGCCAGACGAUGGGCUCGAUACUGGGCAUCUUCGCCCUGAUGCGGUGGUUCCGCGCCGCUGUGGCUAAACUCACCGGUCGACCACCGCCAGCUUCUUCAACAGACCUUACAGUAGCAAACUUCGCCGCCUUCACUGGUGCACCUAGUCCCGACGGCGCUCCUGCAAAACCUAGCCGGAAACCAUUCAUUUUCUUCGUGUUGGCAGUCUUCGGUCUGCCUUAUCUGAUGGGCAAACUGAUUAAGUCACUCGCAUCAUCACAAGAAGCAGAGCAGCAACGGCAAUUAGCAGCUGGCGCUGCCGGGCUUGAUGGACAACCGCAAUCAAUUGAUCCCAGCAAGCUCGACUUCUGUCGCGUGCUUUACGACUAUGCCCCGCAAGCUCAGCCUGGUCAACAAUUCCAGGAGGGCGUUGACAUCGUUGUAAAGAAGGGCGAUCUCGUUGCUGUUCUUUCCAAAACAGAUCCCGCUGGCCAGCCGUCUGAUUGGUGGCGCUGCCGAGCUCGUGACGGCGGUGUUGGCUAUCUCCCUUCACCUUAUCUUGAGACCAUUCAAAGGCGGCCGCAAGCACAAAUCGCUGCGCACGCCGCUCCGCUGAGCGAACCCAACUCGCGAGUCAACACCAUGACUGCGAGCACAUUCGAUGUCACCCGAGCCAAUUCUUUGAAAGUACCUGCCAAAGAAAAGGUCGAGGUGAUGAAGCCCUCCAAGCCUUUGCCAGAAGCUGCCCAUGGUGGAGACUUGCCGGCGACAGUUGAACACUUCCAGCGUGGAGGAUUUUAUUCAUGAACUAGCUGACUUCGCAUGAUCGAGUUCUGGGAACGCAAGGAGUUUCGUUCAUGGGGGGUGUCUGCCUUUGAAGGCAUUGACGGCGUUGUAUCGACUACCAGGCACUUCAUUUACGUGGCAAUGUGGGGAUUGUACAGGUCAAUUUACAUUUCCGCUAUCAUUCGAUAUUUCCCCUUUUGGAUAAUUCAUGCAUUUUUUCCGCAUCUGAAGUGUCGAAGUAAUCCCACGUUUGAAUUAGCUGCAUCACAGAAGCACAUUUAGAGUGCUGCAAGCAUUUCUGCUCCGCCGUGGGAGAGAUGGUCCCAGAUAC